UGCUUAAAUGUCAUGCAGCAGCCACAGCCUGACCUUUGAGUGACUGAAGCGAUGGCGGCUGUCGGGGCCUUACUGCUUUUACUUUUUCCCAUUUGGCUUGCAAAAGGUUCUUUAGAAAGUAAUGGCGCAAAUGGGCACAAUAACGGACCACGACUGACUGUGCUUCUGGAAGACAGUGAUGUUGAAGGAUCAGGUUCCUGCUUUACGUGUAGCAGCCCCCCCUUCCAAACACCUCCUCCAGGACUGCUAUCACCACCAGUAAGACUGGUGACAACAUCACUAGCACCACCCCAGAGCCCAUCAACAGUAUGGCUACCAGUAUCGAUUCCACGUCCAGCAACAGCAUGGCCGCCAUCCACACAGCCAAAAGAUUGCCCACCUAUACUGCCACUAGGGCCGUGGAGGGCAAACUGGUGGCGUUGCUAUCAUCCACCCCAGCGUCCAACAACAGUAAGGCCGCCGCCGUCGCCCCAGCCCUCGGUGACCGUGAGGCCACCGCCGUCGCCCCAGCCGUCGCCCCAGCCGUCGCCCCAGCCGUCGCCCCAGCCGUCGCCCCAGCCGUCGCCCCAGCCGUCGCCCCAGCCGUCGCCCCAGCCCUCGGUGACCGUGAGGCCGCCGCCGUCGCCCCAGCCCUCGGUGACCGUGAGGCCGCCGCCGUCGCCCCAGCCCUCGGUGACCGUGAGGCCGCCGCCGUCGCCCCAGCCCUCGGUGACCGUGAGGCCGCCGCCGUCGCCCCAGCCCUCGGUGACCGUGAGGCCGCCGCCGUCGCCCCAGCCCUCGGUGACCGUGAGGCCGUCACCCCAGCCCUCAGGGAUGCAGCAGUCUUCACAGCCAACAGACUGCCCACCUAUAUUGCCACUGGGGCCAUGGAGGGCAAACUGGUGGCAUUGCUAUCAUCCACCCCAGCGCCCAACAACAGUAAGGCCACAAUCACCUCCCACCCAGAGCCCAGUGACCGUGAGGCCAUCACCGCCCACCCAGAGCCCAGUGACCGUGAGGCCAUCACCUUCCCAGCGCACAGAGCUGCAGCAGUCAUCCACACAGGCAACAAAUUGCCCACCUAUAUUGCCACUAGGGCCAUGGAGGGCAAACUGGUGGCAUUGCUAUCAUCCACCCCAGCGCCCAACAACAGUAAGGCCACAAUCACCUCCCACCCAGAGCCCAGUGACCGUGAGGCCAUCACCGCCCACCCAGAGCCCAGUGACUGUGAGGCCAUCACCUUCCCAGCGCACAGAGCUGCAGCAGUCAUCCACACAGCCAACAGACUGCCCACCUAUACUGCCUCUAGGGCCAUGGAGGGCAAAGUGGUGGCGUUGCUAUCAUCCACCAGGACACCUGACUCAAAAUGGUGCUCACUAAGCCUUUGAAGACACAGUGGGCGUAGUGCAACCAGAGUAGGAAAAGGUAAACUGUUUUUUUUGGUAAUCUGAAAAGGAUCCCACACUGCAUCUAGAUCUCACAUUGCAUGUCAGCUUGGAAUGUAGAGAGUUUGGAAAAAAAAAUCUUUUUAGUAUCAGGUUGGAAUAAAACAGAUGUUUGUAACUAAUGUCUUUGAAAUAAACUGCUAACAAAUAUGCAA